UCGAAAUUCAUUACAAACAACUGUACAUAUAUAUCCGUUGAGGCUUAUUCGAGCAUUGAGGAGAAAAAUUACAUAGGAAUUAUCAACAAAAUUCAGAUACAAUUUCAUCUAACAUUUGGCAAUAUCAGUACAAAGAAGAAAGUACGGUAGCUAUGAUUUGAGAUAUGAAAACAAAAAAAAUAAGACAUUCCAUGCUAUCAUAUGGUCGCCCACUGAUGGAAAAAAACGUAACAGAAGCACGUGGAAGUGAAUGGCUGCAUGGUCAUGCUUUUUUCUAUUAAAGUUCAAUCAUGCUAGGUAAAAAAAUGAGGUAAAUAGAUCAAUAAAGAGCAGGAAUAUAAAGAACAUCAACAAAGAGCAAUCAAGUCGAAUGCUGUCGAAAAUGAUGGCACCUGAAAUGGCGAAAUGCUACGCCGAUUCUGUUAAAAGUACUAGAAAAAAUACAACGGUUGAAUCAAAGGAGAAUGAAAUACAACCACAAGAGGUCAAGAAGGACACGAAAAAAGCUAAAUCUUCAUCUAGGUCUACGAAUUCCAAUUGGCAGAAAUAUAAAGACCUUGUUAAUACACCUGGGACACAAAAAUCACCUUCUAAACGACAUUCAACGAACUCUGAGGUGCCUUACAGGGACAAGAGAGUGGCCAAAGGGAAAAAGGCCCCACAUUUGGUUCAAUCUCAAGUGACCAAUAUAAUGGCAAAUAUGGACCUUAAUAACACGGAGCUAACGAAUCAAGUGGCAAUAGACUGUGAAAUGGUUGGUAUCGGUGACGGUACCGAGAGUAUGUUAGCAAGAAUAUCGAUAGUAAAUCGCCAUGGAGCCUGUAUUUACGACAAAUAUGUCAAGCCCAGAGAGACUGUCCAAGACUACCGCACUCCAGUGAGUGGAAUCCGCCCACACCACCUUCAAAAUGGCGAAGAAUUCGACAUAGUUCAGGCGGAAGUAGCUAACAUCUUACGAGGAAAGAUUCUAAUUGGUCAUGCACUUAAAAAUGACCUUGCUGUUCUUUUUCUAUCACACCAAAAGAAGAAUCUGCGGGACACGUCAAGGUACAAACUCUUUAGGAUGAUCUCAAAAGGAAAUACUCCAAGUUUGAAGAAACUCGCUGCUGAGUUACUGGGCAUUGAAAUUCAGAGUGGUGAGCACAAUUCUGUGGAGGACGCCAGAACUGCAAUGCAGCUUUACGUGUUGUACAGGAAUCGUUGGGAAUCUGAUAUCCGUUCUAGAUGAUCUUUACAGCAUACGCGGAGAUUAGGGUGUUCUCAAUACCUGUGGAUAACUUAAAACUAAACAAUCAUUAUUGGCCGGAUUGCAUCAAGUGUUGUCUUCAACCUUCAGCCUGAUCUGACAGCAGCGAGAGGAUUUGCAGAAACUGAACCUAAAGUUCUCCCUGGGAGAAAAUAUCAGGAAAUCGGAUCAAUAAUAAUAAAUGAAAUAUAAUAAAUGAAAAUAAUAAUAAAUAAGUUUGAAUUAUUGUCCAAAAUGUUAAGGAUUUAUUUUCGUUAAAUGAAGGAAUAAAAAGAAUUACAAAUAUAUUCAAA